ACUUCAGUGGAGUCUGCAUCAUCGAGGGCACAAAGGAGGCGCUCGCGAGCAGUCUUCUGAGCGCUGAAAAGACAAAUGGGACAAUCUACGGACUGGUAGACUUGGCGAGAACGCGCAAUUUAAGUCCACGAGACCGCAAGUCCACAUGAAGUGCGUCAUUUGGGACAGGGCCUAUGAUGCAUCAUGGGACUGAAUCAGUGCACUCAAAAAUGUCCAGUAUGAAUUCGGACACGACUUAAAAUGGAUGUCCCCUCAAAUAGUGCACUAUAUGGUAUAAGGGGCUAUUUCGGACACAGCCCAUAUCUAUGGAGGAAAUGCACUAAACGUUUGUUUACCAAACGCCAUAAAAAUCCAAAAGAAGUAAGAAGAGGAGACUGAAACCAGAGAUAUUAUAAGGACAUGGAAGUGUAUGUAGUACUCCAAUAUUGGAAAAACCAUAACGGCUAACAAAAACCACUGACAUUCAUGAAAAAAACUAGCAUCUGGCCCUGUCCUGCGUUGCGCUGAGGCUAAAGGCUUUCCAUUUAGUGGCUUUGCUGAUACUGUCCGGACAUAUGAGGGAGGUGAAGAGAACUACUGGACAUCAAUACUUUCUUUAAGACAGGUCUGUUUCUCUGAAUCACACUGAGAUCAAGAUUUAUGCAAGAGAAGAGUGCAGACAUGAGUAACACAGAGCCAUGCAGAAUAAAAAAUGAAGAUACUGCAGAACAAAGAGAUGUAAUGGAAGUGGAAGAAAUAUCAAUAUCAGAAAUAUCUUCUGGUAGCUUGCCGGCAAAAAAUACUUUUAAAAAUGAAGAACCGACUGAUAACAUGAGAAUUCACACUGGAGAACACCCAUACGCAUGUCUUCAAUGUGGAAAGAGUUUCACCAACAAAACAUCUUUUUACAUCCACAGGAGAAAUCACAACAGAGAGCCCCCACACACGUGUCCACAGUGUGGAAAGCGUUUCACCACCAAAAGUAAUCGUGAUGUCCACAUGAGACAUCACACCGGAGAGCGCCCAUACGCAUGUCCUCAGUGUGGAAAGAGUUUCACACACAAACAUAGUCUUAAAAAUCACAUGAUGGCUCACACUGGACAAAUGCCAUACACAUGUCCUCAGUGUGAAAAGGGUUUUCCAAGCAAAGGAAGACUUACUUUGCACAUUGAAAUGCACAUUGGAGAACGUCUGUACGUUUGUCCUCAGUGUGAAAAGAGUUUCAGACGAAAAAGUGAUCUUCAGGAACACAUAAGAAUUCACACGAGAGAGCGUCCAUACACCUGUCCUCAGUGUGGAAAGAGAUUCGCGAGAAAAAAUAAUUUUAAAAACCACAUGACGGCUCAUUCUGGAGAGCGGCCGUACGCAUGUCCUCAGUGUGGAAAGAGUUACACAACCAAAAGUCAUCUUAGUGACCACGUGAAAAUUCACUCCGGAGAAAAGCCAUACGCCUGUCUUCAGUGUGGAAAGAGCUUCACAAGAAAUCAAAGUCUUGAAAACCACUUGACAACUCAUACUGGAGAGCGGCACGCAUGUCCGCAGUGUGAAAAGAGUUUCACAACCAAAAGGUAUCUUAAUGUCCACAUGAGAAUUCACACUGAGGAGCGCUCAUAAGCAUGUCUCAU